AACGUUUUACACUGGGGGAAUUCGAUUUCACAAUCGAUAAAGCCGAGACAAAAUCUCUCCGCCAAAGAUUUCAUGCUCUCACCAAUAACACCACGAAAUUCCCAAAAUUAAAAUUACGAAUAUGUAAUAAUUUAAUCAGUAAGUGUGGGCAGUAUUUAUUUCAGUUCAAUAACAUUCCUAUCCCUGACUAGUCUUAUCUCGGAGAAUAAAAUAUCGAACGGAGGUGUUACGUGGUAAAUUUGUUAAUGAUAAAGCUAAUGAUACAGUAUUAAAAAAUCUUUCAACCACUUCACAUCGGGCUCUCGAAAGUAGAGGAUAUUCUUGAGGAUAUUUUGUGUAAAUAAAAUUAAGCUUUCAAAAAAAAAAGUCUUCGUGUAAGUGAACCAUGUCUGAAGAAAACGGUACCAUUGAAUUCAAUAAGGAUGAACUUACUCCACCAGAUUUUAUGAAUGAGAAAUUCUUCGAAAAUGCAUUACGAACAGCUGAAUGUGAUAAGGCUCUCAAGAUUACGAAAUUGGAAAUAGUUCCGGGAACAAAACCAGGAGAUCAUUUUGCCAGUAUUAUGUUCAAAGCUCUUGUAUCCUACAUCUCUCGAGGGGUAGAAGUAUCUUCAAGAUCUCUCAUUGUAAAGACAAUGCCAGUGGAAAGUGGACUUAAGAAGGAAAUGCUCGAUUCAAUGCCAUUUUUCCCCACGGAAAUUGAUAUGUACACUAAAGUUCUUCCUGAAAUGAAGACUAUUAUGCAAUCAAUUGUUGAAGAUUAUGAAGAACUUGCACCAAAAUUACUCUACCACAGCACGGAUCCACCAACUCUUAUUUUCGAAGAUAUUACUAUGUUUGGAUACGAAAUGCACAAUGGAUUCUUCGAUUUUGAUAACACAGUAAAGGUUUUGGUGAAAUUGGCAAAAUUCCACGCGCUUUCUUAUUACAUGAAUGACAAUAAAUACAGUCACUCACUGGAUCUAACAAAGUAUAAAACUGCUAUGAAUGAUGACAUGAUGGAACGAUUCAAAACCUUUUUCGGAGGAUUUCCAAUUUUCAAAGAUAUAGUAGCAAAAUGGCCAGGAUAUGAAAAGAUUGCAGAAAAAAUUGGAGAGCAAGAUCAAACGUUUUUGAAAAAUCUAAUGAAGGUUUAUGAACCAAAUCCAACCCCUGGAUUUAAUGUUCUUUGCCAUGGUGAUUUUCACAUUAAAAACAUGAUGUUUCUCAAGAAUGGCAAUGAUAUCGAAAAGACAAUGUUCUUAGACUUUCAAAUAUGCUUUUGGGGAUCUCCAGCCGUUGAUUUGUACUACAUUCUAUAUUCCAUUGGUGAUUCCGAAACACGAAAACGACGAGGAGAAAUUCUCCAUAUCUACCAUAAUGCACUCACUGAUUAUUUGGAACGUUUGGGAUGUAUGAAGAAACCUCCGACUUUGCUAGAUCUCAACAUUCAGAUGUUGGAAAGGGGUAUAAUGGAAAUUAUGUGGAGUAUGUGUUUAAUGCCAUUCUUUUGCUUGGACUUUACUAAAGUUACCAUGGAUGAUAUGAUUGAACCUACUGCAGACAGUAUGGCUCAUAUGAGAAAGAUGAUGUAUGAAAACCCAUUUGUACUUGAUAUACUAAGGGAUGCUCUUCCGGAUCUUUUCUACAAAGGAAUUUUAGAAAUAAUGGCAGAAAAUAGUGAAUCAGUACAGUUUAACAAGGAUGAAGUUAAUCCACCAGAUUUUCUCAAUGAGAAAUUCUUCAAGGAUGUUCUCAGUCAAACGGAAAAGGACGAGAAACUUACAAUAACAAACCUCAAAUUAGUUCCUGGAACAAAACCAGGAGAUCACUUUGCCAGCAUUAUGUUCAAAGCGAUCGUAUCGUACAACACGAAAGGUAAAUCUGUAAGUUCGAGAUCCUUAGUUAUCAAGACAAUGCCCGUUGAGAGUGGAUUGAAAAAGGACAUGCUUAGCGAUAUGCCCAUUUUUGAAAGAGAAAUUGACAUGUACACUAAAGUUCUUCCUGAAAUGAAAAGGAUCAUGGAAUCGAUUGGAGAUCACGAGGAAUUAGCUCCAGUCUUGGUUUAUCACAGCAUGGAACCUCCUACUCUAAUUUUUGACGAUAUUACAAAGUUUGGCUAUGAAAUGCACUACACAUUUUUUGACUUUGAUAAUACUGUCAAAGUUUUGAAGAAAUUGGCUAAAUUUCAUGCGCUGUCCUAUUAUAUGAAUGACAAUAAAUACAAUCACACAAAUGAUCUAACAAAGUAUACAACCAUGAUGGUUGACAGCAUGAUGGAUAAACUUAAAGUAUUCUUCGAAGGAUUUGACUAUCUCUAUGAAGAAGUGAAAAAAUGGCCAGGAUAUGAAAGGAUUGCAGAAUUAUUGGCAACACAAAAUCAAACGUUCAAGAAGAAACUUUUGGCAGUUUACCAACCAAAUCCCGAACCCGGAUUCAAUGUGCUCUGUCAUGGUGAUUUUCACAUGAAAAACAUGAUGUUUAUCAUGAAUGGUGAAGAUAUCGAUAAGACAAUGUUUCUGGACUUUCAAAUAUCAUAUUGGGGAUCACCUGCAAAUGAUUUAAUAUACGUUCUCUACGCAAUCGGUGGUGCAGAGUGUCGAAGACGCCGAGGUGAAAUCCUCAGUAUUUACCACAAUACCCUCACUGAAUACCUAAAUCGUUUGGGAUGUUUGAGAAAACCCCCCACGUUGCUGGAUCUCAACAUAGAAAUAAUGGCAGAGACGGUACAGAGCAAUGGAUCAGUAGGGAGUGAAAACAAGGAACCUGCAAAAUUCAACAAGGAUGAACUUACACCACCGAGUUUCCUCAAUGAAGAGUACUUUUUAAAAGUUUUGAAAGAAGUGGAAAAUGAUAAAGCUCUCAAGUUAACAAAACUUGAAAUUGUACCGGGAACAAAACCAGGAGAUCACUUUGCCAGUAUUAUGUUCAAAGCUAUUGUCUCCUACACCUCACGAGGGAAGACUGUGUCAUCGAGAUCUCUGGUGGUGAAGACGAUGCCCGUUGAAGAUGGACUAAAGAAAGAGAUGUUCACGGAAAUGCCUAUAUUUGAUAGGGAAAUUAACAUGUACACUAAAGUUAUUCCGGAAAUGAAAAGACUCAUGGAAUCUAUAGGGGAUCAUGAGGAAAUUGCUCCUAGGCUCCUCUAUCACAACAGAGAUCCUUUAAUUCUCAUCUUUGAAGACAUUAGUAAAAUUGGGUAUGAAAUGCACAUCGGUUUUCUGGACUUCGACAAUACAGUGAAAGUUGCGAAGAAAUUGGCAAAGUUCCAUGCACUAUCAUUUUACAUAAAUGAUAAUAAAUACACCCAUAAUCUUGACCUUUCCCAAUACAAUGGCAUAAUGAUAACAGAAAAGACAAUUGACAAGAUGCAAAUGUUUGCUGACGGAAUGGCCUUUAUGAAGGAGGAAGUCGAAACAUGGCCUGGUUUUGAGAAAAUUGCAGAAAAGCUUGGAGUAGUGAGACACAAGUUCUUAAGAACACUCUUGAAUGUGUAUAAACCUAAUCCCGAACCCGGAUUCAAUGUGCUUUGUCACUCUGACUUUCAUAUCAAGAAUAUGAUGUUUAUCAAAAAUGCCGAAAACAUUGAUAAAAUAUUCUUGCUCGAUUUCCAAAUGUGUUUCUGGGGAUCACCCGCAGUAGAUUUACUGUACGUUCUUUAUGCUAUUGGAAAUGCUUCAGUACGAGCUCGUAAGGGAGAAAUUGUAACAAUUUAUCAUGAUACCUUCACCGAAUACCUUAAUCGUUUGGGAUGCCUAAGAAAAGGCCCUACUCUACUGGAUUUAAAUAUUGAAAUGCUAAAGAAUGGGCAUCUGGAAAUUCUAUUGGGUUUGUGCUUCUUGCCUUUCUUCUCUCUUGAUUUCACAAAAGUCAAUAUGGAUGAGAUUAUUGAUCCUACUCCUGAGAAUUUGGCCAAUGUGCAAAGGAUGAUUUACAAAAACCCUGACAUAGCUUCGAUUUUGACAGAAAUUCUUCCUGACCUCUUCUUUAAGGGACUAUUGGAUUAAUACAUUAGAUUUUUUUUAGACUUACGUUAAUUUUAAAAUUAUAGAAAAAAAUCUGUAAAUUCAUCAAUUGUUAUUUAUUAAAAUGAAAAACAUUAUAAUGAUAAAUAUUUAGAAGACCAAUUCAAAAUUUAAUCGAAUUUCAAAAACCGUAAAUUCAGAGAUUUGUUAAAUGAUUUUAAUUUUCAAAAACUGUUGCAAAUGAAGUAUUAAAAAAUUCCUGUACUUUUAUUUCACUUUUGUUUCAAUUGCUAGCAUAAGGCAUAUAUUGCAAAUAGUUUAUUGAAAUUAAAAUAAAUUCUUGAAACCCAA